AUGGAUAAUAUAAAUAAAGAAGAUUGGUUAUUAUGGCAAUUCGCGGAUUCGGCAUUACCUACAGGUGGAUUUAUAGCUUCAUCGGGAUUAGAAGUGGCCAUACAAACAGGAUACGUUAAAGACACCGAUUCUUUAUCAUUAUUCUUAUCAUCAAGCAUUGAAAAUUAUGCUUAUUCCGCUUUACCUUUUGUAACUGAUUCUUGGCAAGUUCUCGUCCCAACAUCUGAUGAAGAAGUAAUUUUGGAAAAUAUUAUAAAAUUGGAUGAUUUGUAUGAAGCAUGUACAAGCAACGUUAUUACUAAACGUGCUUCAAAAGCCCAAGGAGUUGCCAUGUUAACUUUAUUUAGUAAAUCUUUUGGUGAAGAAUUUGGCAAUAACAGAAAAGUUGGAGAUAAAGUUGUUGAUAGAUUGAAGCUUGAAGUUAGAAAAGAGAAUGCCUUUGGUCAUUUACCUAUUACCUUUGGAUUAGUUUCCAAGUGUCUCGGAAUCAGUUUAGAACGCGCACAACAAUUAUUUCUCUUUCUUUUCUCCCGGGCUGCUUUGUCUGCUGCCGUCCGCUUAAAUAUUAUUGGACCUUACUAUUCUCAAAGAAUGUUAUCUGAAUGUCAAACUUUUGUUGAAACUUCACUCAAAAAAACAUAUAAUAUUAAAGCUGAUGAUGCCGCACAAACUUCUCCCAUUCUUGACAUUUUACAGGGUAGACAUGAUAAAUUAUAUUCCAGAUUAUUUAAUAGUUAA